GAAGGAGAAGCCGCUCACAGCUGAAGCUCCUGCUGAUUCAUUCUGCAGCAACAAGCCUGGGGGGUUUUCCAGAGUUUGGGAGCGUCUGAGGAAUCACUGCUUGAAGUGGAGGAGGAUGAGCGAGGAGGGGGAGGAGAGAUAAACUGUGUGUGUGUGUGUGUGUGUUGAAGCGUGCUUGAUUAAUCAUGCCAGUGAAGCACUAACAGAGAGUGUUUGUUAUAGAACAUGUCAGAUGUGAAUGAACAUGUUCAUCUUCAGCUCAGGCUCCUGAGGAUCUUCGUCUCAGUGAAGCAGAAUGCAGCCAGUACAUAUAUUAAGCUGGACUGAAGUGCUCCUCCAUACACUGCUGCGUUUGGCCUGAUUUAUCUGCAUCAAACCACGGCUGUAACCUGCGGAUUCAGCAUCUGUGAGCGAGCAACACGAGGAGGGAGGCGGGAGAGAGAGAAUAAAGCCUGUUUCCCGAGGAAACUCCUCCUAAUGUAAGACAGAAGGAGCUCGAGGACGCAGCGGUGUCGUGAUGUUGGCUGUGUUUCUGCUGCUGUUGGCCUCCGUGGCAUCCGUCCCGUCUCCCUCCAGACCCACACCCAAAUACUGCCGCAGGUGCUGCGAUCACCUGGACCCGCCCCUGAGCCCCGCCCCUCAGCCUGCAGCCAAUCACACGCCAGAGAUCCGCACCAUCAUUAACAUGACCAUCCUCAAAGGGGAUAAAGGAGAGCGAGGGGACCGAGGGACGCCUGGUAAAGCCGGAGUGGACGGACCCCCUGGACUCAGAGGAGAGACGGGGCCCAAAGGCAGUAAAGGAGACACCGGGGUCCCCGGAGACCCCUGCAAGGUCCAGCAGUCGUCCUUCUCCGUGGGCCGACGCAAAGCUCUGCACAGCGCUGAUCACUACCAGGCUCUGGUCUUCGACACGGUCUUCGUCAACCUGGGCGAACACUUCAACAUGUUCAAGGGGAAGUUCUACUGCUCCGUCCCGGGAGUCUAUUUCUUCAACGUGAACAUUCACACCUGGAACUUCAAGGAGACGUACCUGCACCUGAUGCACAACGAGCGUCCGCAGGUGAUCCUGUACACGCAGCCCAGCGAGCGCUCCAUCAUGCAGAGCCAGAGCGUCAUGCUGUCGCUGGAGCUCAACGAUGAGGUCUGGGUGCGGCUCUACAAGCGCCAGAGAGACAACGCCAUCUACAGCGACGACGUGGACGUCUACAUCACCUUCAACGGACACCUGGUGGCUCCUCGAGUCUAGGACGAGGAACCUGAUGUGCACAGAGUGUGUGGAGGAGCAGACACACUGCACAAAAAACCUGAUCUUAGUAAUUUUUUGUUUCUAGUCAAAUUUUUUUUUCAAAUCUUCAAUUAGAUUUUCCCUUACCCCACACUCUUAAAAGGUUCUUCACAGGAAUGCAACAGAAGAACCAUUUCUUGGUUCCACAAAGAAGCAUUCAGUCAAAGGUUCCAAAAGAACCUUCUUUUGCCACAAACAAACCUUUGUGAAACAGAGAGGUUCUGCAGAUGUUAAAGGUUCUUGAUGGAACCAUUUAGACAAAACGGUUCUUCUGUGUCUUCACUGUGAAGCACCUUUAUUUUUAAGAGUUUACCAGCAGAUCAUUUUACUAAUUUUAAGCAAAAUGCCAUUUAGUCCCCCCAAAUAAAUGAGGCUAAAUAUCUUAUGUUGUUUAACCAAGUAAAUGCAUUUUAAUUUAAGUUUUAAUGUCUUUUUUAAUACACUUUUAAUAGAAACUGGACAAAAAUACUAAGAUAAGCCUUUUUCAGCAGUGCAGAGACCUGUGUGUGUGUGUGUGUGUGUGUGUGUGCGUGUGUGUGUGUGUAUGUGAGUGUGUGUAAG